AUGGCGGGACCACCACCAAAAACAACUAUUCCCAGAGGAGCCCUGGGUCAUCAAACCAAAAAUCACAUCAUUCUCACGGGUUCCAACCUUUUGGGUUGCAACCAGGUCGGGGUGCACCAAUGGAUAUCGGCGCGGUCCAGGGCGGACAAAAGCGCAGAUUCACCUGCUUCAGCUGUGGGCAGGAGGGGCACAUGGCCCGACAGUGUCCAAACAGAGCGUGGGCCACUUCAAAAUAACCAAGGGCGCCAGGCGCGCAAAUUAGAAACCGAAAAACCAGACAAUUGGCUCAACACUCUGGCCGGUCGAUCCUAUGAUGAAAUCCGGGCCUUCUUCUACGACCAGCAGGUCAACAAAAUGAAGGCUCAGGGAACAGAGUUUGGAGCUUAG